AUGUGAGGAAAGGUGGUCGGUUCUCUGGACUGGGAGGAGCUGCUCGUUCUCCCAUCCCUCCCCCUCUCGCAGAGAAAGUAGUAAACCCAGUCAAGGAGGGUGAGGAGACUCAAUCUGUGCGACUGUUGGACAUCCUGCAGAGCAGCAGCAGCAGCAGCAUUUGGCGGCAGCAACACAAGAGUCAAUCUUCAAUCAUGGCGAUCGUGCUACAGUCCACUCCUCUGCUCUGGGCCCGGCUGGCAGCUCUGGUCUUCACCUGCAUAGCCUUCUCUGUGGCUGUGCACGGCGGCAGACUCCACGGUGGCACCGGCGACUUCUGCCUCUUCUGCUGGACCUUCAGCUUCGCAGGAACUCUGCUCGUCCUCCUGGUGGAGCUGUUUGGCCUUCAGACCAGAGCCCCCGUCUCCUGGAAGAACUUCCCAAUCACAUUUGCCUGCUAUGCCGCCCUGCUCUGCCUCUUCGCUCUGGUCAUCUUCCCGCUUUACUUCCUGAAGGGAAACCUGGGCCCCAGUGAGACCCGUGACUAUCGCAUCGUCUCCACCGUUUUCUCCCUCCUGGCUGCUAUAGCCUACAUCUGCGAGGUCAGCAUCAGCAAGGCUCGUCCAGGCGAGGUCGCCGGUUACAUGGCCACGGCUCCAGGACUUCUGAAGGUGUGUGAGACCUUCGUGGCUUGUAUCAUCUUUGUCUUCAUCAACGACCCGGUGUUGUACGACAAUCACGAGGCACUCAAGUUCUGCAUGGCCGUCUACUGCAUCUGUUUCAUCAUCUCAGCGGUCAUCAUCCUGCUCUGCAUCGGCGAAUGCACCGGGUGCCUCCCCUUUCCGUUUGCCCGUCUCCUGUCCUCCUACGCUAUGCUGGCCGUUGUCCUGUACCUGUUAGCCACCAUCCUCUGGCCCAUCUACAACUUUGACCCCAAGCACGGCGGAAACAAAAAUCGGCCGUACAACUGCUCCAGCACGUUGGGCCUGUGUGUCUGGGAUAAGGCGAUGACGGUGGCGGUGCUCACCGGUGUCAACUUCAUCCUCUACCUGGUCGACCUCAUCUACUCCACCCGCCUGGUGUUUGUUAGCGCCUGAGUAAAAGAAGUAGCUUAUUGAAGGCCAGCAGUAUGCUCUAAAAAACAAAACAAAACUGAAUUUGGCAUUUUUUAUUUUAUUUCUAGAAGCUGUCAGAGCUGCUGUCAAAUGCAGGCAAAUACCAGUGACCUCAGUGGGUGUGUUGGUGUCUCGUAAUAGGCACAGAAAAUCUAAAAAAAGCAUGUGACCUAAUCUGUGGGCGCUGUCACGUGUAAUGUCUUUUAAUAGAACCAAAGCAAAAAAAGAACCAAAAACCAAAACCAAACAUUAGAACCUCAGUUGUCCCUUUUCAAGAAGACCUUAAAGUCUUGAGUUUUUCUGGAGAUGUUUCACGUCUCAUCUAAGAGGUUCUUUCACCUCUGAACCAGUUAAAAGAUCUUCAAGAAAUUCAAGCAACACCCUUUAACCCACACCUAAACGUUUGGCAAUGAAGAUGACCUAGAUGAGUGAGAACGAGGACGUGGUUCUGGUUCUGGUCCACUUCAGUCCUCCUCCUGUUACAGCAUUGCUCCCCUGGAGCUGUCAAACUUUUCCUACCUCCACGUUUUGCUUAGUUUUAGUUUCCCUUGGAACAAACGGUCUGGUGCGACGUCUGCACAGAUCUGUUGGCACGCCGUGCUGACACCAUCUGCCCAGGUGGUCUAAGUUUGAACUCCCCACUUCAUCCCUGACCAAAUCUGUUUCACCAGUGAGUAUUUGCUAAAACCAAGUCUUCAAAUUUUGAAUUAUUUUUGGCCCCAAGUUUCAUUAGAAAAAAUGACAAUUUGACUUUUUGUGUGAAGCAUACUUGUUGUGUUAUGGCCUUAACAGAGGUUAGAAAACAAAGUUCAGGCUCCGUGGCUCUGUUUACAACAGUAUUCCCCAAAGAGAGCCAUCUAGUGGUGUGAGGGAGCAUUUCAGUGUCAAACAUGGAUUGCAGUAGCUUGAAUAUCAUGUUGUUACAGAGCUGAAUGUGAUUUCUGAAACAUGCUGGUGUUACAUAAAGUGUAAACAUAUCCAAAAAUCAAUUCCAAAAAACAGAAGUUGUUUUGUCGUUGUUCCUGUUAGCAUAAAGCUAAAGUUUGACAAUCUUGAAUGACGCUAAUGUUAGCCGCUCGUUUUAUGAAAUUAAAGACUAUAAACACGACUCACACAAAUGCUCGGCAUCGUAGUGAACAAAUAAAACGAGAUUAAAUGUAAACCACUGGGUUUUGAGUCUGAAAUAGCUAAAUGUUGACUAAAGGUAUGGCUAAAGUAGUCAUGCAUAUGCACUGAAGUAGGUCAGAACAGGUAUAAUUGGAUAAGAAAUAAGAAACAGUAAACAGAAAGAAAAAAAGUAAGCUAACGGGAUUUCCAGACAUGCCUGGCAGUUAAAGGACGUGACGUAAAAAUAAUACAAACAGCUGUGUGUGGUCAGGAAAACAUGAUCCAAUAACAUGAAACCAAACAUCCAAAAGUCGCUCGUAUUUGAGUGUCAAGUAAUUCCAGUCCAUGAUGCAGCUCUGAUGUUUAAGCUGAGAUAGUUCUUAUGAUAUUAAAAUAAAUGCUACUUUAGCUUUGGCUCCAUGUCUAUACAUAUAUGCAAGCUACAAUCCUAUAACUAAUAAAAACUAUAUGUGUUAACUGUAUGUAGCCUUAAUGUGGGAAGAACGUGAAAAAUAAUGUAAUUGGAGGAAAAGUGCACUUAUUUACUCCUAACUUCUUUUUUGUGUGUUUCACGUGUUGGUGUCGUCAAAUAUCAAAGCCUCUGUUUUGCCCUUUUUGGGUCGUUGAGUUUUAAAGCACUGCUGUAAAAACACGACACACAAACAGAGUGUAGUAAACAUGUCGACAAACACACACAGAUCUUUUUCAUUUCACUGCUUGUGUUUCAUGUAUGCUCGCCACAUCAGUGUUGUAGGAGGAGAUAACACAGGGGUUCAAUAAAACCACAUGGAAAACA